GUAAGUAGGUAAUAGAUUUGCUUCUAGGUCCUUUCACUUUUUCCAUUAUUUCUAGCUCAGACUUCUUCAUAAAUAUUGUUCCAAUUUCUUUAUAAGUAUAGAGUAUUUUUCUUAGUUAAGAAUAGAAGAAGAACCAGAGAAGAAGAAGAAUGAGUACAGCCAGAUUUAUCAAGUGUGUAACAGUUGGGGAUGGAGCUGUGGGAAAGACAUGCAUGCUUAUAUCCUAUACCAGCAAUACCUUUCCUACAGAUUAUGUUCCAACAGUGUUUGACAACUUCAGUGCCAAUGUUGUGGUGGAUGGUAGUACAGUUAAUCUUGGUCUAUGGGACACUGCAGGACAAGAAGAUUACAACAGGCUAAGGCCUUUGAGUUACAGAGGAGCUGAUGUGUUUUUGCUGUGCUUUUCUCUAAUUAGUAAAGCAAGUUAUGAGAAUAUUUCCAAAAAGUGGAUACCUGAGCUGAGACAUUAUGCUCCAAAUGUGCCUAUUGUGCUGGUGGGAACAAAACUAGAUUUGCGAGACGACAAGCAAUUUCUGAUUGAUCAUCCUGGAGCCACAAGAAUAACAACUGCUCAGGGUGAAGAGUUAAAGAAGCUGAUUGGUGCAGUCACUUAUAUUGAGUGCAGCUCUAAAACUCAGCAGAAUGUGAAGGUAGUUUUUGAUGCUGCAAUAAAGGUUGCAUUGAGGCCACCAAAGCUAAAGAAGAAACCGCACAAGAAAAGGACCUGCACUUUCCUUUAGUAUUUCAUAUUCAGUUAUAUUUCACUCAAAAUCAAGUAUAUGACAGAAUUGAAACCUAAAUUCCAGUGUUUUGUGGUUCCAAUAUAUAAAGAGCUUCUGGGGUUUUGGAUGACCUCUGUAAAGAAAUUUAGAUUCCUCAUGAAGUGUAAUCAAUGGAAAAUGAACUCAAGUAUUGCAUUGUUGAAUUAAUUAUUUUAUUUUACCAGUGUUAGUUGAUCUUACUUUUGUGGCAUUGUUUCAUCUAAACAUUUUGUAUAAUAAGGCCUUCUAGUUGCAA